AUGCAGUUUGAUAUACGAAGAUUCGAUAUCUAUCGUAAAGUACCGAAAGAUUUAACACAACCAACGAAUACGGGUGCAGCAAUCUCAAUAUUUUGUGUUACAUUUAUUUCAACAUUAUUAUUAAUUGAGUUAUAUUAUUUUGUUAGUCCAGACGUUGUGAGUGACUUAUUUGUCGAUACACCAUCAGGUGAUGCUAACGAGCGAAUUCCUGUUCAUUUGGAUGUUAGUGUGCUAAAUAUAGCUUGUCAAUACAUUGGAGUUGAUAUACAAGAUGAUUUGGGUCGUCAUGAAGUUGGCUUUAUUGACAAUACAAUGAAAACACCUGAAAAUAAUGGACAAGGAUGUCGAGUUGUUGCUUCAUUCAAAAUAAAUAAAGUUCCUGGUAAUUUUCAUUUAUCGACUCAUGGUGCAGCAUUACAACCUGAAAAAGGUGACAUGAAACAUGUAAUACAUGAUUUAAAUUUUGGUGAUUCUAUCAAGGGUUUUCGACGUAUACCAAAUAGGAGAGCAUUUCAUCCAUUACGUCGUUAUAAUAAUACACAUAGACCAAGUGAAGUAUCUCAUGAUUAUUUGAUGAAAAUUGUGCCGACAAUUUAUGAAAAUUUAGCUGGAACAAGAAGAUAUCCGUAUCAAUUUACAUUUGUUUAUCGAGAGUAUAAUCCGUAUCAAGCCCAUCAAGUUAACGUUGUCCCAGCUGUAUGGUUUCGCUACGAUUUGAUACCAAUUACAGUUAAAUACACCGAACGAAGGCCAAAACUUUAUACAUUUAUCACAUCGAUAUGUGCUGUGGUUGGUGGAGCGUUUACUGUUGCUUCGAUUCUCGAUUCAUUAAUAUUUAGUGCUAGCGAAUUAUUUAAAAAGUUUGAAUUAGGAAAAAUGACUUAA